AGUCUCCUUUACCCCGUUUGAGGAUCCAGUCUGCUCUCCAGAGGGCCACGUCUACGAUAUUGUUAACAUCGUGCCCUACAUCCAGAAGUUCAAGCGUAACCCGGUUACCGGCAAACCUCUGGCUCUAAAGGAUCUAAUCAAGCUUCACUUCCACAAAAACGCUGACGGCGAGUACCACUGCCCAGUUUUAAAGAAGGUGUUUACCGAGUUUACCCACAUCGUGGCUGUGAAGUCAACCGGCAACGUUUUCUGCUACGAGGCCAUCAAGGAGCUGAACGUGAAGCCCAAGAACUGGAACGAGCUGCUCACAGAUGAGCCCUUCACGCGUGCUGACAUCAUCACCAUUCAGGACCCCAACAAUCUGGACGCCAAUGUGCUCACGGAGUUCGAUCACGUCAAGCAGAACCUCGCAGCUCCCAAGGAAGGCGAAGGCAGUGCAGCAGCAUCGGGAGUGAAUGCAGCAGUGUCUGAGAGCAUUCAGCGCGUCCUGGCAGCCCUUCCCAAGAACGAUGGCGAGGAGCCUGGAGUCGGUUCAUCCAAGUUACUAAUGGGCGGGGGAGGAAGCAAGGCAAGGAAGGAAGCAGCUGCUGCAGCAGCAGCACUAGAGGCGAGAAAAGCAGAGGAGGUUGCUGCUGCUGCCGCCGCUGCUGCCAGAGAAGCCCUAGCCGCACAAGAGGGGGGAGAGGGUGUAGAACAAGGAGGGGGAGAAGGAGCGGGAGGAGGAGCGGGAGGAACUGGAGGAGCAGGAAGAGGUGGUAAAGGAAAGGGAGGUGGGGAGAAGGGGAAGAGAAAGCGAGGAGAGGAGCGGGAAGCGGAGCAGCAGAAGAAGCACGCUCAGCAGCAGAUCCUGCAGAGGCAGAGAGAAAUGGAGGCCCCUUCAAUCGCUGGCAGCGCAGCAACCACCGCUGGUGCUGCCGGUUCAGCAGGAGCAGGAGGAGCAGCAGGAGCAGGCACAGGCGCCCCUCCGCCUAUGAGCAUUGUCGACGCGGCAAGUGCUGCUCUCUCCGGCCGCAGCGCUGCCGCCGCCAAGGCGACAGACGAGAAAAAGGCCCACGCGCGCGCAGCCGCGCACGCAGCAGGACAGAGAGUCCCUAUCAAAGAAAACACAAAACUGGUCCGAAGCGCUUAUACCUCGGAAGCAACAACUCGGUCGUUUACCUCGACGGUGUAUGAGCCGGUGACUUCGACGGAGUAUGAGAUGGUGAGGGUGGAGAAGAAGCCAAAGAAGAAGGGGUACUGCCGCGUGCACACAAGUGUGGGGGAUCUGAACGUGGAGCUGCAUUGCGAUGUUGUUCCACGGACGUGCGAGAAUUUUCUUACGCUUGCGGAGAGAGGGUACUACAAUGGGACUGUCUUCCACCGCUGCAUUCGCAAUUUCAUGAUUCAAGGGGGGGACCCGACCGGCACAGGCAAAGGCGGGCAGUCAGCAUGGGGCAAGGCGUUUCAGGAUGAGUUUGACUCGCGGCUGGGCCACAGCGAGAGGGGCGUGCUGUCCAUGGCCAACAGCGGCCCUCACUCCAAUGGCUCGCAGUUCUUUGUGCUCUUCAAGUCGGCGCCUCACCUCAACUACAAGCAUUCGGUGUUUGGGCGCGUGGUGGGAGGAAUGGAGACCCUGACUGCCAUGGAGAGGAGUGCCGUGGAUGAUAAAGACAGGCCUCUUAAACCCAUCACCAUCGAGAGCAUCACCGUGUUUGUGAACCCGUACACGGAGGUGGAUGCAGAGGCAGAGGCAGAGGAGGCAGCAGGGAGUGGGGAGAGAGGGUUCGACACUAAUUCUUGCUUGCCGUUCUGUCCCUGUUUUUGA